UCCUUAAUUUUUGUUCGCUUUGUUUAGAGCAUGUAUUAUCGUUGUUAAACCAAUCAAAGUUUCUAGGACUCAGCUCGCUCGGCGAAUCUCUUAUGUUUGACGAACAGUCUGAGACUGAGAUACAGUACAAAUAGAGCAACAGCAUAGAAGCAUUUGAUUUCUGUAUUUUUCGCAGCUGAAUAAAUAUUUUUGCCUGUGGGAAAAUGGGGAGGGGAAGAGUGGAGCUGAAGAGGAUCGAGAACAAGAUCAACAGGCAGGUGACCUUUGCUAAGCGAAGAAACGGACUUUUGAAGAAAGCCUACGAGCUUUCCGUCCUUUGCGAUGCUGAGGUUGCUCUCAUCAUCUUCUCCAAUAGGGGAAAGCUGUACGAGUUUAGCAGUAGUUCAAGCAUGCUCAAGACACUAGAGAGGUACCAGAAAUGCAACUAUGGGGUACCAGAUCACCAGACAAACGUAUCCGCCAGAGAGGCCUUGGAGUUGAGUAGUCAGCAGGAGUACUUGAAGCUUAAAGCACGUUUUGAAUCCCUGCAGCGAACCCAAAGGCAUCUUCUGGGAGAAGAUCUUGGCCCUUUAAGCAUCAAAGAGCUCGAGUCACUAGAAAGGCAGCUGGACAUGUCACUCAAGCAGAUCAGAUCAACACGGACGCAAUACAUGCUGGAUCAGCUCACUGAACUUCAACAUAAGGAACACAUGCUCAAUGAAGCAAAUAAGACACUGAAACAAAGGCUGGUGGAAGGAUACCAUAUAAAUUCACUGCAACUGAAUCCAAAUGACAACGAUAUGGGAUACGGCCGACACCCUGCUGAUCAAACUCAGGGUGAUGGCUUUUUUCAUCCCUUGUGUGAACCCACCUUACAAAUUGGAUAUCAGCAUGAUCCUUUACCAGUCGUCACAGCAGGCCCAAGCAUGAAUAACUAUAUGCCAUCAGGGUGGUUGCCAUGAUUAUAAAGAAGGCAUGAAUGGUGAGACACGGUAUGCAUGCAUUGAUUCCUUCGACAAGAAUCAGUACAAUAUAUAUCGGUCGUUCUCAUGUCGUUUAAUGGAAACGGACAUUAAUUUGUAAUGGUUCUGAACUAUGUUUUAGUUGUCUCUGCAAGUGUGUUGAAGCAGUACCGAGCUUCUUUCUUUUUAGCAGCUGCAUACGCUGUACGUAUGAGAAUAAUUGUUGUCUGCACGCAGAAUGGACCAGUUAACAUUAAUUACGUACGUACGUGCGUAUCUGCAUUCUCAAUUAA